AUGGCGUCGGGAUCUCUGGAUGACAUUACGAUGGCCGGCGUAGGUGGUGGUGGUGAUGGCGGGGCCAUCGGAUCAGCAUGGGCGGAGGAGGAGGAGGAGGAUGUGGUUGAGUCGCCGCCGGUGUUCGUGUCCAUGUCCGUGUUCCUGUUGCUCAUUCUCUGUCUUUGUCUCUUUAACUUCGACGGAGCAACAUUCGGUGAAUCUAGCUCUGCUGGUUUGGGAGCAAUAAUUCGCAAUGACAUGGGUCUAGUUAUGGCUGCUUUUACACAACACAUUCCACUGCCUACAUCUGUAGAGAUGGUGGAAGUAUUGGCAGCUCGGGGUGCCCUCUGCUUUGCAAAGGAUCUCGGCUUCAACAAGGUAAUUGUGGAAGGUGACUCUGAGAUUAUCAUUAAAGCUCUUAGCAGUAAUGGUCUCUCUGCUUCCAGCUUUGGACACAUUUUGCAGGAUAUCAAAUCGGUGUCCUCAUCGCUUGGAAGUGUUCUCUUUAAUCAUACUCGUAGACAGGGCAAUAGAGUUGCCCACGGGCUGGCUAGAAUGGCAUGGUGGUUUCUCAAAAAAAAAAAAAAUAAUUCAAAACCCAUUAUUAAGACCAAGAUUUAUCAUCCAAAUUCAUACAAGUUCAUUCAAACCAGGCCAUUCUCUAGUGGAAACAAUUCAAAUCCUGUUGAUUCUGCAAUCCCAGUUGUUUCCACUAUUAGUUCACCAUUUGAUGCUUCACAGCCUAUUGAUGCAGGCUCUUCGAUUCGAAAACCGAUUAGUCUAUGGCCUGGAAUGUACCAUUCGCCUGUGAGAAAUGCUCUGUGGGAAGCAAGGUCGAGCAUAUUUGAAAAUGUUGUGGAUACAUCAACUGAUGGGGCUUCACAAGAAGAACUUGUGAAGAAAACUCCGGGGCAAAGCCGUACUAGUAUUGUGUAUAAGUUCUCGUCAGAUUAUAUACUCAGAGAGCAAUACAGGAAUCCAUGGAAUGAGAUUAGGAUGGGGAAGUUGUUGGAGGAUCUUGAUGCUCUUGCUGGAACCAUUGCAUUCAAGCACUGCUGCAAUGAUGAUGGCACAACAAGACCUUUGCUAUUAGUUACAGCUUCUGUUGACAAGAUGGUUCUGAAGAAACCCAUCCAAGUUGACGCUGAUUUGAAAAUAGUUGGUGCUGUUACAUGGGUUGGGCGGUCUUCCAUGGAGAUUCAACUAGAAGUGACUCAGUCCAAGAAAGAGGCCACAAAUGGGUUAGAUUCACUAUCUCUUAUAGCUAACUUCACAUUUGUGGCUCGGGAUUCCAACACCGGAAAAUCAGCUCUAGUUAAUCAGGUCUCACCUGAAAGUGAACAAGAGAAGAUACUUUGGGAGGAAGCAGAAGAAAGGAACAAACUUAGGAAAAAGAGGAGAGCAGAACGUAAAAAAGAUUUUGAGAAUGAAGAUUCAGAUAGGCUCAAUGCAUUGUUGGCCGAAGGGCGAAUCUUCUGUGAUAUGCCAGCAUUGGCAGACAGAGAUAGCAUCCUGAUUAGGGAUACUUGCCUUGAUAACUCUUUUAUUUGCCAGCCGCAACAAAGGAACAUCCAUGGUCGUAUUUUUGGAGGAUUUUUGAUGCGAAGAGCAUUUGAACUGGCCUUCUCAACAACUUAUGCCUUUGCUGGUGUACAACCACACUUUCUAGAAGUUGAUCAUGUUGAUUUCUUUAAACCUGUGGAUGUUGGAAAUUUCCUCCGGUUCAAGUCUUGUGUGCUCUACACUGAACUUGAGAACCCAGCUGAACCUCUGAUAAAUGUGGAAGUUGUUGCACAUGUUACAAGGCCUGAGUUCCGGAGCAGUGAGGUGAGCUUUUUUUUUUCCCCAGCGGGGGGCUUCUGCAUGGACAUGAAAAUAAAACUUUUUCCAUUUCUGGUGUUCCAAUUGCAUCUGAACCACAAAUUUAACCUUUGGAGUAGGCAUUAUUUAUCCACCCAAAUAAUGAGAAGCAAAUGAAUUAAGGUUAAAAGUGACCAAAAAUGAUUUCAACCUUACAAAAGGAUAGUUUUCAUGAAAAUCUAUUCACUUAAAAUAUUGAAUAUAUUCAAGCAAAUGCACUCAUAUCAAAUGCUAUGAAAGACAUAACAAACAUAUAUUAAAUGCACUAUGAAAUGAAAUGGGAUGAUUUCACCUACCAUCCUGGUUUGUAUUUAUAACCUGCAGAGCUUAGAAUACAAAUGUCUUUGUUUUGUUUCAUGUAUUGCAAUUGAACAGGUGUCCGACAAAUUCUAUUUUACAUUCUCGGUCAAUCCUAAGGCUAUGAGAAGUGGACUGAAGAUUCGGAAUGUUGUUCCUGCUACAGAAGAGGAAGCACGGCGGGUGCUUGAACGCAAGGAUGCUGAGGGAUCUUAGUUUGGUAAAUCAUGAAUACAUCUUUCUUCUUCGUGAAAGAAUGAAGCAUAAGUGAAGAAAGUGUUACAGACUUUUCUUGAUUUUGAAAAGAUUAUCUUAGCUUGGACUACAGAGAAUCAGUAACAUUUUGGGAUUGGAAAGUAAACCAUUUGUGAUAUGUGGUUUACAAGAACAGUUGGUCCCUUCUUAGCUCAAGCGAGAACAAUAGAAAUUGGGAAAAAUUUAGGUACAAUUUCUUAGGUGUUGUAUUAUAGGUUCUUCAAUUAAAUCAAACAGUUUGAUUGCAUUGAUCAAUACAGCAAAAAUAAUGUUAUCCUCUCCCAAGGAUAAUUAAUUAAAUUGUUUGGCUUCUUGACUAUUGCAAUCACACGGUUGAAUUUAAUUAGGAAACCUAAGAUACAACGGCUAAAGAAUUGUGCUUAAGCUUUGUCCAUAAAAUUUCUUUUAGAAUCUCUCUCAAAUAAGACCAAGUUGACAUUUGAACCAGUAGCCCUCAAAACCCUUUGCCACCUUGGCCGAGUUGUAGGGAUAAGAUUUGAUUCGAUCAGGUAGCUUAAAGACUAUCGAAGUUAUUGAUGUAUAUGUCUACUCAUUUACCCGAGCACAUGUAUUCAUGACUGUCUUGUUCAUAA